UAAUUAUAUAUAAAAUUCUAUUUUUUAAAUUAAUAAGUUAGUGAUUCAGCUAAAAACUAAUAAUAAAUCAAUGACUUAGCCAAAACUUAUAAAAAUAAGUAAAAUUGUCUAAAAUCAUGGAGAACGUGACACAUAAGCAAAUUCACUUCUCAAAUAAUAGUAUAGAUGAUAUAAUUUUGUGUAAUUUGAUAUAACAUUUUUAUAAUGAUAUAUUUUAAAAUCAGGUAUAUGUUAAACAAUUUGGUUUUGUUAAUCAAAUGAAAAUAUGGCAAAUCCUAUAUUGAAAAUAUAUCAUUAUAAAAUAUGCAUACAACAUACUGGUUUACGCUAUAUAAAAAAAACAUACUGGUUUACGUAAAAUGUAUAUAUAAUAUCGAUAAUCAGAAUAUUGUUGAUACCUACCGCAACCAAAAAAAAUUAUAAAUCCAUUUUGGAGUUUUCAUUUUUGAAAUUAUGGAUAUGUAUUUUUUUUUUUAAAAAGGAAUUAUAGAUAUGUAUCGAUGUAAUCAACGUUGACCUUUAAAUGACCAAUCUUGUGAGACUUCAGCUUGUUGUAUUCAUGCAAUAGUAACUGAUCCUUGGUGAGGACCACCCAAACUAAGUCACAUAUUUAAAAGAAAUUCAUGACGGCGAAGAUCCGCAUGUAUUUUGCAGCUGCAGUACCCAAAUUCUUGGUAACUUCUCUGUGAACAUCCAGCAACGAUGAAACAAAGUCAGUAGCACCAUCAUGAGGUCGGUCAUAUCUGGUAAUGGAGCAAGAUCCCGAGGACCAACAUGAAAGGGACUAAAAUAUGUGCUUCUGUUCGUGGUGUGGUUGUGAGCAAACUCAGCUUGAUACUAGUAAGAUUUCUAUGAUCGUAUAUUAUCACCAAACAACGAUCAAAGCAUAUUACUGAGAGAGCGAUUAACGACCUUUGUUUGUCCAUCAGACUGUGUAUGAUAAGUUGUACUCAUAUUCAAACUUGCAUUGAGCAUUUUCCACAAAGAUUGCCAAAAGAGACUUAAAAACCUUGUAUCACAAUCAGAAACAAUGGAUGUCGGCAGACCAUGAAGGCGAUAUAUUCCUGCGAAGAAGAGUUUAGCGACUUUAAAAACAUCUGUCGUUUGUCGACAAGGUAUAAAGUACACCAUCUUGAAAAACAGAUCGACUACAACAAAGAUCAAAUCAUUGCCUUUUUGAAUAAAAGGCAGACCCAACACAAAGUCUAUUCUCAAAUCUGUCUAUGGUUGCGUUGGAACUUGCAUAGGCAGAUAUGAACCCGCGUUUGAUGCAUGUCCUUUAGCCAACUGACAAGCCUUGCAACAUUCAACAUAACACUCCACAUCCCGUAAAAUGUUUGGACAAAAGUAAGAUGCCAAUGCGAGUUGCAGAACAUCUAUCUCGGCAAAUGUGACCCUCCUUAUGUAACUCAUCGGUAAUGUGAGCGUAGGCUGCUGUCGGGGAGAUAAAGUUGAGUUCCUCAAAAAUGAAAAUUGUCCACAACUGUAUAGUUGUCGCAAGUGUUUGCUUAAACAUGCAUCAACCCAAAAAUUUUCAAAAAAUGGGUCUGACACAUAAAGGUCCGAAAAGACAGUGAAACCCGUGACAGCAGAAUGCAACGUAGUGAGUAAUCCAUGUCGUCUACUACGAGUAUCAGCCACACAAUUAAGCUUCCCGGACUUACGGCCAAUAGUGAAUGUGAACUGCUUUAAAUAGGCAACCCAAAUGGCAUGUCUUGAUGAUUGGAUUGGAGGAGAGAUAGCAUAAGACUUGGGUUGCUGAAUCGAUCUUCGGAACCAAAGCGAAAAAGGGUGAAGAAGCAGUAGCUGCGUACGACCUACUUGACUCGUCGGAGCAACGAGACGUCAUAAUCAUCGCAAGAGAUUUGGUGAGGAUGAGAUCGAACAGUAUAAUAUACUCAUGGAGACUCACUGGAACAAAGGUUUACCGGCGACUAAAAUUGGUAAAGUCAUCAGUGAAGAUCAUGUUUCAGAUAAAGGAAAGAGAUGGCGAAUGGAGAUAAACAGCGUGAGACUUUACGGGGAAGAAGAAUACAUAAGUUAGGGAUGUCAAAAUGAGUUAUAGCUCAUGGGCUAGUUCAACCCAGCUCAUGUAUUCAUGAGCAAGAAUUCUAUUUUUUACUUUCAUUUAAUAAAUGAGUUCAAUGACUGAACUUAAAUUAUAUCACGAAGUAUUUGAACGAUCUUUAAUGAACAUGAGCCAACUCAUGAAUUUGGUCAUUUUUACACUUAUAACUUCUAUUUUUCUUAUGUAAAAAAAUACAUACUUAUCAUAUUUAUCUUCUAGAAUUAAAAUGUAAACUAAAAUGUUUUUAAAUAUAUAUGGAAAAUGUAAAAAUAAUAUCUAUUUCACUCAUCAUCUAGAUAUAUAUAUCUUUAAAUUAAUAUGUAAAACAAAAUAUUCCUAAGAGAUAAUUUCUAUAUUACUCGUAAUUUUACAUUUUUUUUAAUUUAGUAUUUAAUGUUAAUGUUUUGAAUUUUUUUAAUAUUUAAAAUUCUGAUAUUAUAAAACUUCUUUUAAUAUUUUAUUAUUAUUGAGCCAUAAGGUGGAGAUUGCGUGCAUAUGGGGCAACGUAUCUUCAGCCCAAUAACCAAAUCCUGUACAAAAAGGAAAACGUUAGAUGGUUUCCUUUAUUUUUCAUGUGUUAGUUAAUUACAUUGUUAAUAUAAUUAGGAAAAGGAAAGCUAAGGUCGGUGGUUGGAGCUAUAAAUAGAAGAGGUGGUCAAGCUUUAUUAUCAUCCAAAAACGAAGACAAUAAGAGAGGGAGAGAGAAAGAUCAAGAGCAAUACUAAACGAGCUGUCUUUAGAUAUUAAACUUGUGAUCCCCUUCUAAACUAGAGCCGCUCUUUCUCAUCAUCGUCAUGGACAAGAUAUCCGCCAUCAAAGCUGAAGCAGCACCUCCUGCUGUGAAUAACCAAAAGGACAACUCGAUUGAGAAGGAACGAUCUGAUACGAAGGCGAUCAUAGAAGGAUUGGCUGAUCGUCUUCAGAAGAUGGAAGAAAAGAUGGAUUUGUUGAUCUCAUUGAUCAAUUCAAACAGUGAAGCUUCUGUAUCUAUGCCAAGACUCAAACGAAGGAGAGCACUAGUGAUGAUUCUAGCGAGGAAUCUGAUGAAAAUAAGAGUGAUAGCCGUUUAUUCAGUGCUCGUGGCCGUGGUCGUGGUCGUGGACGUGGUCGUCCUGGUCUUUAUGCAGGUGGUCCUUAUGCUGGUGGUCGUUGUGGCGGUGCUGGCUUCUGUGGCAAAUGUUGAGGUAUUUGCAUCUGAUGAAGAGACCUUUUGCUAUCUUCAGCGAUUAGGAGUGGAAAACUUUUCUUAGAAGACGAGGAAGAAGCAAAGCUCUUUGGUUUAAUGCAAACCUUUACAAUACUUUGUUUUGUUUCGUUUUGUUUUUUUAUCGAAACAGUUCGUUAAGUAACCUAGACCAAGAUAUGCGUUAGCCUUUAGCCCUUUAAAAUACAUUCCAUGCGAUAACACCAGAUCAUCUGCUUCAUCAUCAGAUCAACUGUUUUAAUUAUGUAGAGGAAGCUUUUGAACAAAGGGAUAAUGAUUUCAUAAGCAUCACAGAAACAUAGAUCUAUCACAGAAAGAUAGAGAAUGGAUUGGAAAAGAAACUUAUCAUGUUUAGAGAUGAACAAAUUUGUUAUAUAUUUUUCUACAAUAAAAAAUAAGAAAAAAUGGGAAAACAAAUUAUUCCUUAUAAAUAUUUGUUUUUAAAAAGAAUAUUAAAGAAUGCAUUGUUCCUCUUCAUACCUUGUAGUCACCAUUCAUAUAUAUAAAUCACAAGCACACUUGUUCCAUUAUUAAUAGCUUCAGAAAUAUCUUUAAGCAACGACCGGACUUGUUUACUCAGUUAACAUUGGCAAAGCCUUCUGUUUGUGCAAUAACUCUGAAUCUAUUGUUGUAUAUGAUAGUGCAUCAGCAUUAUCCACUCUGUUUAGCACUCGAGGUAGAUGUUGUCAAAGGGUUAAUAGCGUUCUAAAAUUUGACGAUCGAGCAAUAUAUAAACAGACAUUAGGUUUUUUAAAUGGGACAAGAGUUUGCAAAUCUUAGUUUAUCAUCUAUAAACCCCAUCUUGGCCCCCAUUAACAUGUACUAAGGCCUUGGGUUCCACAAGUAUAUCCUCACGUCCCCAUCUUGGUGUGUGUGUGUUUUCUUGAAGAGUUUUUUUUUGUUAUGAGAGUUACCUAAAUAAAGAUCUCAGAAUUAUGAGAGAAGGUUGAUCUCUAUAGUCAGAAGUAAUCACAGUUUCAAGGUAACCUCAGAAUCGAAGUAGUAUGUUACCAUAUACUAAAGGCUCAGAAACAUGAAGGUAUCUAAAUUUUUUUUUGUCGUUCUUUUUUUUUAAAGAAGAAAGAUAUAGCUUAACACCGCAUCGCAGAGAGGACUGACCUAUGUAUUUUCCAGUAUUUUGUCAUCGGUAAUGAGUAAUGACAGUCUAAAGGAAAUGGAGAAGAGAACAAAUUACCUAUAUAUGUAACGCUCUCAAACCCAAUGCUAAGAUGAUAAAUCUACCCUAUCAAACCUAUGUAUAUUUGGACAAUCAUAUGCAAGGACGGCCCUGAGAUUUGGGUGUCUGUAGACAAUUUAGCAAAAAAUUAAAUUACAAAAAACUGUUUUUAUAAAUUUGGUGGUCUAUAUCUAUAUAAUCUUUUUCAAAAAAAAAAUUUGGGGUAGAAACCAAUGUUUCAUUUAGAGAAGGUUAAAUGGCAGAAAUUCUCAAGAAAAUUAUCAGGACUUACAUGGUACUAAGUAGAAAUACUAAACAUUCCAAAAUAAAAUAAAAGGGUUUAUGAUCAUAGUUCAGCAUAUAUUAGAGAAUUUGGGUAGCACAUAUAUAUCUAAUGAACAACGCGUGAGGUGAAUACAAACACACUUUGAUGCGCCAGAGAGCAAAAGCUGACUGGAAUGGGGAAAGGUCUGAUUUGGGUGAAUAAGAAGGUGUUGGUCGAUAUUGGAUGUCGUUUUUAUUGCUUUUAAAAAGCCUACGCAAGUAGAGUAUCAUAAACCUAGGUCUUUCUUGAAGCCCAAGAAAAGUCUUCUGGCUAUAUUUGAGGAAGAGCUAAAUGUGAAGCCAAAGCUUAUUGACUUUGUCAUCAUCAACAUAGACACUGUGUUUUCUUACAUUGGAGAAAACUACCCUCCUAGUGUCCGACACUGGACCAAGAAAAAAUGACAAAAUCCAAGCCUUCACUGAUGAUGUUUUCUCACAGCUUUUCUCAAAAAAAAAAAAAAGUUUUUUCUCACGGCUGAUCUCAAGUGUUCCGGUACUAAAAAGACCGCCACGGUGGAAUUUGCUAGCUUCAGAAACCCAAAUGGGACUUGUUGAAAUUUCACCCUUGGAUCUUGUAAUGCUCCGGCCUCUAAGCAAGUCAUCGAGAAGGUAACAAUUUGAAUCUUCGUUUUCUUUUUUUUUUAUAACUAAUAUUACUUGCAGUCGAAGUAAUGCAAAUUCAUCUCACAUAAAAAAAAUCAUCCCGGUUAUGAGAAGAUGAUUCACAUGUUUUCCUAAAUUUUUAACACUAUUAUUUGUGAAGUAAUUUUUUGGAUUAGAGCUCUUAAAAAUUAGAACGGUUAAAGUCGUUUAUACCGUUAAUAAAUAGUUAAACCUAUUAAUAUAUAAUUAACAUAAAUUAAAAACAAAAUUCCUUGAUUUAAUAUAUAACUAACCAUUAGUUAAAAAUGAAAUUCAUUGAUUUGACAAUUAUCAUUAUCUAAAAGUAUUUUAUAUUGUCUUAUAUAGUCUUUAUUAACCUUAAUGAAUAAUUAUAUUAGUUAAUAUAUAAUUAACCAUAAAUUAAAAAUGGAUUUUUGUUAAUUUGAUGAUUAUCAUUAUAUAAAAAAUAGUUUAUAUUGUGUUGUAUAAAUUUUAUAAUAUAUAAUUUAAAAGGGCUAAUGGAUAAUCUUUUACUAAAACUAUGUUUACCAUCAAUAUUAUUAUAUAAUAAUGAUAGAUAAAAUUCCCAUCGUUUGAUAUACUCAAUCAUAUUAUUCUUUUGCUAUUAUACGUAAUUAUUAAUAAUAUAAUCUAUAAAUUAAGUUACAUAUGCUAUUAUUUUAUAAUAUGUAAUUUAUCUUCAGAUUAAGCACCCUAAUAUAUUUAUAUUAAAUUAUAAAUGUUGGCACAUUUUACUGAUUAUGAAUUAAUAAUAUAUUUAUUAAUAAAAAUUAGUAACAUUUUUUGUGGUCACAUUUCGGACAAAAUACCUAGUUAUAUAAUAAAUAUGUAAAUAUUUUAUAACAUAUAUAAAGAUAAGAUACAUUUAAUUGUCAUAGACAAAUUAAUCUAACUUAUUUUUACCAUAAGAAAUUAAGAAAAAAUAGGUGAGAUAAGCAACAAAAAAAAGACUAUAUAAUUCACUAACUAACUAAAAUCACACCUUUUUCAUCUUUUUCUAUCAUUUUUCUAAAAAAAAUAAUUUUCUUUUUUCUUUGCUUAUUUCUCAAAUAAUCCCAAAAAAAAUCUCAAAAAUUAAUCUGACUUAUAUUUUUAAACUUUAAAUAUUUUAAUGUAUUUUAUACCCAUGGAGGUGAUUAAAUGUCCGGCCCGCGAGAACUUGAGGCCUGAACUGACACAACAUAACUAGCAAAGGACAACACGUGAUAUGCUUUGUCCCCCUCCCGACAGAUUUUUUUUUGUGUGGAACAAGUGGCAAAUCUACACCACAUAACACAUUUCACUUAUCAUUAGAGACCUUCUUCUUCUAAUUACUUCUCUAACUCUUUUGAUUACUACUUCUAGUUGCAUUGCAUCUGUACUUGCAUUUUCCCAAAAAAGAUCAUCUCCUUGGUCUUUGAUCUUUGAACUGAAGCAAGGAAA